AUGGCUACAACAAAGCUGAACGCAGCCUUGCUCUUCUACUUUUGCACAGAGAUCGCCAGCCAAGACAUGAGCAUGAGUGAUUCUCCGUCAAAGUCUUACGAUAGCGAAGAGAAUCUUGGUCACAUCCGAGCAAGAGCGCGCAAGCUCUACCGCAUCGCCAACGUGGAGUUCCUCAAGCUCCAGAAGAGAGUCUUCGAGUCGAUGGAAGUCACCGACUCCAAAGAAAUGAGGAAUCGACGGCUCUCGGAAGAAAUAGCUCGGAAGCACCCGUUGGAUCUAUCGACUGCCAACAACAUGCAGGAGGACGGGAUUUCCUCUCAACUGACCAGGAAUGAUACACCUCCGCAAUACGAGGAGGAGGGCGAGAUGACUCUCGGAAUGAUUUGGCCGCCACACGGACCCACUGAGGAGGCAGUAUGA